GGGGUCUGCUGCGUUAAUGAGUUUCAGGACGGGACAUUCUGUGACUGACUGAAAUAGUGUAAAAUUUAGUGGCCUUUAUUUGACGAAAUGGGAAAAGUUAAUUUUUAUGUCCUGUGGUCUCUGCGUGAGGUACCCCGUCAGUUAAUAAGCAAGUGUAAUCGUCUCUACUAUCAAUCCCAACUGCCCUUGCCAUUGCCGAGACAGUUAAUCGUGUUUGGCCUGGGAGAUUGGAAGUCCUACACCAGUGAUGCUAGCAUCUCGGUUGAGGUGUCUGUCAGUCCGGACGUUAAGCCGCAAAAGAUUGGACAGCUAACCUCUGACUCAAGAAGCAUCGUAUGGGAAGGCGACUGGAGGCUUGAUUUGCUUACUGCAGCAAUAGAACAAGCAGAGCUGGGAGUCUUUGGUAAAAUUAUGCUGACUGUCAAUGGACAGGUUAAAACCAGUUUUACCAGUAGUACUCCUGUACCUUCUCGGAAACGUCUCAAUAUGGAUUGGCAGCUGAGCUCACGGCAGAUAGAUGCCACCAUGAUGUCUUUGACAAGUGGAGUCAGUCAUUUGCCUGUGACACUUGAGUAUGACAUGUCAGUGAAACCUGAUGUGGCAAGUGAAGACCAGAGGGUGGCACAAGAUGACCCUCCUUUUAAAAAGAAAUGCAUGCCUCCAAACACAAUAGAAGAGGAGCAGCUAUUCUGCAGUCAGAAGAAUCCUCUGCACAUCGCUCAUGACUGGGUUAAGGAGAUACCGUUGGAUGCAGAGGUAAACAAUACCAAGCUUCAAGUGUGCCCAAACCCAAGAUGGGGUCAAGCAAUGUGCCUCAGUGAUCCUGAAACUGCAGUUUUGAUUGGUGGAGAGGGCCGAAAUAAGAAGCAUUGCACAGACUCGCUUUGGAAACUUGAGAUCGAAAAUGACUUUUGGUUUCCAAUGGACUCCUCUGCUUGUUUGUCCAUGCCACUGUCUUCUCGUGGACAUACAGCCACUUAUGACUCUGACUCGAAGCUCAUUUAUGUUUUUGGUGGAAUUCGAGAUGGGAAACGUUACAAUAACAUGUAUGUCCUCAACACUUUGACAUGGAAAUGGACUCCGAUAUCUGCUAAAGGCAAAGUGCCCACCCUGGCAUUUCACAGCGCUACAAUCUACAGAAAAGAGCUCUAUGUUUUCGGGGGCGUUUAUCCCAAGAACAUUCCAGAAGGUGAAGCUUGCAACAAUACGCUUUUCAUCUUUAACCCCGAAUAUGAGCUGUGGUACCAGCCAAUUGUUGAAGGGGAUAGGCCCCUGCCUAGAUUUGGCCAUUCAGCUACUCUCCUGACAAACAAGCUGAUCAUUUUUGGAGGAAAGAAAAAUCAGGCCUACCUUAAUGACCUUCACAUAAUGGAUUUAGGUUUCAUGGAGUAUACAUCUGUACAGUACGCUAAUUUGCCACCAGUCCCAAGAGGGUUUCAUGCUGCAGUACCAAUUUCUGACCAGAAACUCCUAAUAAGUGGAGGACGUAGUGCAAUCGGCCCCUUGCAGGACGUACAUCUUUUUGAUUUAGCCAGCCGUAGUUGGACGGCCAUCCGCUCCCCAGCUCUGUGCUCGGUGCCUCGGGCGGGACACAGCCUGAUCAACCUCAACACCACACACCUCACCGACACGGAGAAGCAGAAGCAAAUGCAAAAAGGUUUCUGUACCCUCCUGCUCUUUGGUGGCUCAGAUUGUGCUGGAAAUUUCUACAGCGAUACUGUGAAAGCCAUAGUCGAAAUCUAACUACAUAACGCAGAUGACAUUUCUAUUUCCGAUUCAUUUCUGUGGUGUUGAGGUUUUUACAAUAGGAAAUGUAUUUAAACCGGAAUAAUAUUUUAUAGUACAGGACUUUGCUUUAGGCUAAAUUGUAUUGAUUGGUUUGCCAUAGCACUUCAUUUCAGCAAUGUGAUCUAACAUUAAAUAAAUGGUAUUCAUAAUUGUUUUGUUUUUAUUAGGCAGUGUGCUGGUGAAUGUGGCAGAGACGAAGUAAACACAAUCGUGUUAUUUAAAAAUGGGGCAGUGAACAAAGUGUGCAGGACUAAGCCUGGUCUGUGUGGCAUCCCUACACUCCAACUCUUUAACACUGCGGUAUAAAUACUAGCGUUUUACACUUUUUAAUGAUGCAUUUUUGUGUAUAUAUGUAUAAUUCUAACAUAUCUAGUGCCAUGUAAGUAAUAUAAUAGGUGGUUAAAAAAAAAAUUGAGUGCUGCAGAGAAGAAUAAACCAUCUUCAGAAAUGGAAUAGACCACGUUUUAAGUAGAACUAAAAAGUGUUCAUUAAACUAGACAACUGUGUAAUAUGCACUUGUGCACACUUUUGUUUUUUUAAAAUCUGCAUCGGUAUCCUCACUUGUUUGCACAAAAAUGGGUUAGGAAUCCUGAGGAAAGGCCUGUCAGCAUUCUCCGAAUAAAAUGCACGGCAGAGACACCCUGUUCUGUUUCCCUUGCUCUUCAAUUUGAUUGUUUGCUUGUUUUCAAUGCCAGUUCAGAGAAUGAAUAGCCGACUUUCUAUCAGGUAAACUUUUAUUUAGAAACAGAAACUUUCACCUUGGAUUUUAUUAGCACUUUUAUUGUCGUGUGUGUGUGUAAAUUCAGACAGUCACACCCUGUGAUUAUGUAAUGGGCCUUACGAUUUUUAUUUCUGUCCACUUAUUGUGUAAUUUUCUUUCUGACUUGUAAAAUAGAACAUUUUAAGAAUAUUUAUUUGUAUACAAAGCAGCAUUAUUUCCAGUGCACUUUAGUAAUUGCCAAAUAUACCUUAGAUUUUUAUUUUAAUAAAAUGUUUAAUGCAGUGCUGUGGUUUAGCCAUACAGUUGUAUGUUAAAAAAAUAAUUGUACUCUUGUGUAAUGUUUUGUGACCAUUUUGAAAACUUAAGUUAUAGCCAAUGCAUAUGUUUUUGUAUUGUAUGUUUGCUUUGAUAAUUUGUUUUAAAAUAAAGUAAACAUUUAAGUAUAGCACUUAACAUAGCUUUAUUAUUAUUCUAUAAAUACAGUACUUCUGUAGUUUAAAUGAUUGCAAAUUAUUUGAAAGGCUUUCCCUAUGUGUUUGUAUCAUUGUGGAGGCGUCUUUCUACGUAUGCCAACUUGACCAGCACAGUAUGG